CGAUUUUUCUUAUGGACUCCAAUAUUUCUUAAUUCUGUACGGGGCUUAGGUACUCUGAUGACAGGUGCCUUAGAACUAAACUGGGCAGCUAAACAGACAGCCAGCCCUUCCUGGGGGCAAUAAAGGAGAAAGCAUCUCUGUAAUGUUAGCUUCUACCGAUGACUAUGAACCAUGGAAUUUGAAUCUGGAUCUAAAUUUUCCCAAAAUUCCCCUGAAUUUUGGAUCCUACAUUGUGGUUCUAGCCCAUGUCUACUACCCAGAGAUUCAUCCUGAUUAGCCGUAAUGGGAAAAAGAGAGUUGAAAAAGCCAUAAAUGAGGCACCGACCGGCAGGCUCAGGAGUUUAGAAGUGGCUUACUGAGCCUUUCACUUGGAGGUUGCUGGUUUGAAACCCAUCAAAGUCAGUGCUCAAGUGCAGGCUAGAGAGCCUGGGAAAUAGGUUUUUUCCAUCUCUAGAGUUGCCAUCUGAUGGCUGUUCUGUCUUUCCCUAUGGGGAGAGAUUUGGUAGGUCCCAGUCCUGGACUCGGUGGACAAGUAUCUGCAUGAGUCAAUUGACACUCUUGGUGGUGGUCUCAUCAGAGAGGCCAAGGAAGGAACAAGCCACAGAGACUGAGCCCCCUGGACCCCACCCUCUGAUCUCUUCGAGUCAGGGCUGGGUCACGUUGGCAGGGCAGUGGAGGGGUAACGCGUACCCUGUGCAGAGUGGCCAUAAACCCCUACCUCCUGAGUAAGAGGAGAUUACUGGUAGUCACGUUUCACACCUACUUUGCACUUGCUGGGACGCUGUAAAUGACUGCACAGGGCCGGAAGGGGGAGCAGUUGUCAUUGGAUCCACUAUGUCCUGUUUGAAAAAUGGAGAUUAUAUUAACCUAUCCUCACAAGGGGGCUGUGUGAGGCUUAACUGAUUACUGUGCAAAGUACUGCUGUAUCUUUGAUCCACACGGGGUCAGUCUCUGAUGGCACAAUUUGACUCCCGGUGGGUCUGAUCCAGCCUUCUUCGCACGCCUAGAAGGCCGGAUCAGGCCCGAUGAGAGGCUGUUAAAUGGGUAGGAUUCCAUCCUCUGGUUCUGGGCUAACCCAGUACUGAGCGUGUUCUCAGCUACCCUCCAUCUGCCCCUCUUUGGUGACACUGCUGCUCCUGCCACGCUCCGCCUGCCUGAUGCAUCUCCCUGUUGAAUUCUCUGCUGGGUGGUUUGACCUGUUCUCUGUGUUUCCUCCUUUCUUCCGCGUGAGGAUCUCCCCCCUGGAGAGGAGGUUUCUUCCAAGUGCCCGUCUGCAAUGCCAGCACACAGCCACCAAAUAGGUGACUGUGUGCUGGGUGGAGGAGGCCCUGGGGCGUCACACGCAGUCCCUCUCUUCCCAGGCCGAGCACGCCGGCAUCCGGACCUACUUCUUCAGCGCCGAGAACACCGAAGAGCAGGAGUCCUGGAUCCAAGCCAUGGGCGAGGCUGCCCGGGUGCAGAUCCCACCCCCCCAGAGGCGGGAGAAGACGGACUCUGAGAACAUCCCCCCCAGCAAGCACCACCACCACCGGACCACUGCUCACAGGGAGCACCCCAAAGCAGACCUGGAAGCCAAGACCAGAGGGGAGGGUGAUGGGCGUGGUUCAGAGAAGAUCGAGAGGAAGUCGGAGAGGAUCGACAGCAAGAAGGAACCCCUGGUGAAAGCCAACGGCAUUGUGGGCCAGGAGAUGCCAUCUGAGCCCGGCAGCCCUUACCCUGAAGCCCCACGGUUUCCAGCUGGGGUGGAGAGAUCCACGCAGCCCAACGGCUGGCAGUACUCUUCCCCCAGCCGCCCCGGCAGCACCGCCUACCCGCCGCAGGAUGGGGAGAGCGUGGUGCACCGUCCGGGCUUUGUGCCACGCACCAACCCGGAGAAGAUCGCCCAGAGGAAGAGCUCCAUGACGCAGCUGCAGCAGUGGGUGAACCUGCGCCGGGGGGCUGCCCCGCCAGAGGAGCUGAGGAGCCCCACCAGGUUUUUCCCGAUGUCUCGAAGGGUCCCCGACUACUACGCCCCUUACUCGCCCCAGUACCCUGAGGAUUACCAGUACUACCCGCCCGGCGUGCGUCCUGACAGCAUCUGCUCCAUGCCCGCCUAUGAGCGGGUGAGCCCACAGUGGGCUGCGGAGGACAAGCGCCACUCCUUCCGCAAUGGAGGCCCCUACCAGCUGCGUGAGUGGAAGGAGCACCCGGGUUACGGCAGGCAGGACGUCCCCGUCUGGAUCCCCGGCCCUGGCCGGCAGCCUGUGUAUUACGAUGAGGUGGAUGCUGCCUCGGACUCCCUGCGGAGGAUGUCCCUCCAGCCCCGCUCCAGGUCCGUGCCCCGUUCGCCCAGCCAGGGCACCUACAACAGGGCGAGGAUGUACUCCCCGGUCAGGUCGCCCAGCACCCGCUUUGAGAGGAUGCCAUCCAGGAGCGAGGAGAUCUAUGCUGACCCUGCAGCCUACAUGAUGAGGCGAUCGGUCAGUUCCCCAAAGUAUGAUUAUCUGGGUGACAGGAGGCCCGUCCCUGCAGGAAUGUAUCCCUACAACUACCCGGCGUCCCCUACAGUCCACGACAAAAUGAUGAGUGAGAGCGAAACUUUGAUCAGUAUGGUGAACAGAAUGGUGGAGAACUCCUCCCCUAGGGCCCAGCUGUACAUGCAAGUGUCUCCCUUCCCAGAGGCCUACAGAGAGACUCUGCACGCCUACAAGAUAAGCGAGCAAGACACUGAUAAGCUGCUGGGAAAACUGUGUGAGCAAAACAAGGUGGUGAGGGAGCAGGACAGGCUGGUGCAGCAGCUCCGAGCCGAGAAGGAGAGUCUUGAGAGUGCCCUGAUGGGGACCCACCAGGAGCUGGAGAUGUUCGGGAGCCAGCCAGCCUACCCUGAGAAGCUGCUGCACAAGAAGGAAUCCCUCCAGAACCAGCUGAUCAACAUCCGGGUGGAACUGUCCCAGGCCAGCACGGCCUUGGCCAACAGCACCAUAGAGUAUGAGAACUUGGAGGGCGAGGUGUCAGCCCUGCAUGAUGACCUGUGGGAACAGCUGAACUUGGACAUCCAGAACGAAAUGCUCAAUCGGCAAAUCCAGAAGGAGAUCUGGCGCAUCCAGGACGUGAUGGAGGGGCUGAGGAAGAACAACCCCUCCCGGGGCACAGACACUGCCAAACACAGAGUGGCCGCUGGCCCCUCUGGAACGUACAGCUCCAACAGCCCUGCUAGCCCCUUGAGCUCAGCCAGCCUCACCAGCCCACUGAGCCCUUUCUCCCUGGUGUCGGGCUCACAGGGGUCGCCCACCAAGCAAGGGACAAGCGAGUCCAAGUCCAGCUUCGAGCAGAAUAAGAAAGAGGUUCAUCGGAGCUCUGCCCCCAUCCCACCCACAGAGGCUGGGCUCAUGCAGACGAGGCAAGAGCUGGAUGCUGAGAAGCAAGCGGCUCUCAACAAAGUUGGCAUCGUUCCCCCGAGGACCAAGUCUCCCACCGAUGAGGACUCAGCACCCACUUCGGGAGUGAUCAGGAGGAGCACCAGCAACAUGUCCAACGGACUGAGCUCCCGGGAGAGGCCAAAAAGCGCCGUGUUCUCCAAUGAGAUGAAGGCAAAAAUGAGCGUGGAGGAGCAGAUCGACCGGAUGAAACGCCACCAAAGUGGAUCCAUGAAGGAAAAAAGGCGGAGUUUGCAGCUCCCAGCCAAUCAGCAGCCAGACGCUCCCAGCACGAAGGCACCCGCGUCAUACAAAGUGGUGCGCCGACACCGCAGCAUCCAUGAAGUGGACAUCUCCGACCUGGAGGCAGCGCUGCGCACCGAGGACUCUGGCAAAGUCUACGAGACACCGAGGGAGGAGAUCGCCCGGCUACGCAAGAUGGAGCUGGAGCCACAGCACUAUGAUGUCGACAUCAGUAAGGAGCUCUCUACCCCAGACAAGGUCCUCAUUCCGGAGCGGUACAUUGAGCUGGAACCGGACACCCCACUAAGUCCUGAAGAGAUGAAGGAGAAGCAGAAGAAAGUGGAAAGGAUAAAGACGCUCAUUGCCAAAUCCAGCUUGCAGAAUGUGAUCCCUCUAAGCGAGGGAGAGGUGGACGUGCCCCAGGAUGCAGAAACCCAGCUCCAGGAGCAGGAGAAGAGGAUAGAGAUAUCCUGCACCUUGGCUACAGAAGCCUCCAGGCUGGGCCGCAUGCUCUCCGCUCAAUGUGCCACCCCGAGUCCUCCCUCUUCCCCAGCCUCCCCGACUCCACCGACAAAUCCCCUCUCGUCUGAGUCAUCCCGGGUCGCCGACAGCAGCCAUUUUAUGCGUGUCUGAACCAUGAACACAAGCCCUGGCUGCUGUGAACGCUGUGAAGUUCCACGGAGCCACGUUUUAACACACAAACAUGCGCGUCCCGAGUAGACAACCAAACCUUUCCUCGCUCAUCGCUUUCGGUUCUCCCCGAACCCCUGCCACUAACCAACGGUGAGAUCGUCCAGGACGAAGAUGCUGUGCGUCGGCACCUGUCGCCAAGGAGAAC